AUGUCUUGGCAAGCUUACGUUGACAACCUGGUUGGAUCUGGCAAGGUCGAUAAGGCCGCCAUUUUCUCCCGAGCCGGUGACUCCGUCUGGUGCACCACCUCGGGCUUCUCCGUGGCCCCCGCCGAGGUCUUGGAGCUGGCCAAGGGCUUCGACGACCCCUCUCCUCUGCAGGCUGGCGGUCUGCACAUUGCUGGCCAGAAGUACUUCCUUCUGCGAGCCGACGACCGAUCCAUCUACGGAAAGCACGAGCAGUCCGGCAUUAUCGCCGUGCGAACCGGCCAGGCCAUCAUUGUGGGCCACUACCCCGAGGGCGUGCAGCCCGGAGAGGCCACCAAGGUCGUUGAGGCUCUGGGAGAUUAUCUCAUCAAUGCUAACUAUUAG